AUGGUAACACAAAUAACUUAUAAAUCAACUGAAUCUGUAUAUUUAACUACCGUGGUAGAAUCUAAGGAUAUACUCGUUGAGGGCAGUAUUGAUACACACACUUUAGAAGAAUUACCAGCAGCAACACAGUUUGAAAUAUCAGUUGGUGUUUCUGAUAUUCUGGAGGAGUCUGAAAAAAGUGAACCAAUAUUAACAGAAACCACUGCUACAAUUGAUUUGAGAAAACCCAAGUCAAACACAGACAUAAAGACUGAUACACAACUUAUGAGUUAUAUUGUUGUUGUGGAAGAGGAAAGGCAGAAUAGAAAGCGUGAUUUAGAAGAUAACCAGUAUAUCACAUCAUCAUUUCAACUAAAUGAAAUCCCUGAUCAACUUAUAGUGGGUGAUGGUAUGGAAUAUAAUGGUUAUAUCAAUAAACCAUUAACAGCUGGACAACAAUAUGUCAUAUAUGAUGGGUUUGCAGUGUAUACUACAGGGGUGGAGGAAUUACUAUUGACAGAUCAACCAAUAUCAUCAUUUCAAGGUGGAGUUGGACCAGGUGGUUCUGCUGUUGGUGUUGCUGUUGGUGUUGUUGUGGUUCUUUUAGUUGUUGUAGCAAUAAUAGUUGCAGUAUUUAUAAUAAGAAGAAUUAUUCCAACACAGUCAUUGAAUAAUUCAUUUUGCUUUUUAGAUAUAAGGCGUCUGGGAAACCAGAAACGUAGUACUGAAUAUGAAACACCUAACAGCAGUAUGUCUUUUAAGAAUGCUUAUGCAAAUUUAGAAGAAUCCAGCAUGAAUUCAGCCAAGCCAAGGAGUCUCCCUCCAAAGCCAAAACCUAAAGCCAAGCCAAUACAUAACUCGCAAUACACAAUUCAAGUUAAAGAUUUGGCUGAUUAUGUUAUUAAGAAACGAGAAGAAAAUGAUUUUGUUUCACAAUUUAAGUUGUUGCCUCAAAGCGCUAACACAAAUAUACCCAAUGAAGCUGCUAACAUUCCAGAGAACAAAUCAAAGAACAGAUUUCGCAAUGUUCUCUCAUAUGACCAUUCCAGAGUGGUAUUAGAUGUGAUUAAUGAUGAUCCCAAUUCAGAUUAUAUCAAUGCUAACUAUAUUGAUGGUUACCAGAAGAAUAACGCAUACAUUGCUACCCAAGGACCCACUGAUGUAACUAUUAAAGACUUUUGGAGAAUGGUGCUGAAAGAAAAUGUUGGCACAAUUCUUAUGACCACCAACCUUUCUGAAGGUGGGAAGGAGCAAUAUGAGUUUAUCCACACCGCUGUAAUGGAAGCUAUCCUAUGUGGAGACACUUCAAUAUCAGCAUCAGAUUUCAGGCAGAUUUAUGGAAAAUUACAGAUUGUUGAUAGAAAGACCAAAAAAUCACAACUUGCUGGUAUUGGUCGAACCGGAUCAUUUAUAUCCAUUGAUUCUAUGCUGAAAAUGGCCAAUGCUGAGGGAUGUAUUGAUGUCUUCAACUUUGUGAAAAGAGGAAGAGAAAACAGAAUGAACUUUGUUCAAACAGCA